AUGCGGCUAGACCGGCAUUUAUGGUCCAGACUGGCUAUGCCGCUGAUCAUGUUCGCCUUACUUUGCUACGCCAGCUGGGCAUAUUGCCAUCUAUUGUGCUACAGAGAAAUAUAUCGUAAAUUUGGACACAAAUCUACAGCUGUGGGACUAAUGUGCGGUGAAGUGGUGCUUGUUAUUUUAGUUGUGUCAAUUUGGGUCCAGCUGUUUGCAUUGGGACCUGGGAAACAACCGAAAAUUCUGCCAUUCCGGAUUUUGCCCGAUGGUGCUGGCACUGACACCGAAGAAGGUGAUGGCAAGAACUUAAGUCUGGAAAUUCCAGAUACGAUCAUACCUCCGGAGAUCUACCAGUGCGAUCCACAAGGCUACCCUCUGUGGUGCACGGCAUGCAAGAGCAUCAAGGCUAAUCGCACGCACCACUCUUCAACACUGGGCUACUGCGUACCGAGGUUCGACCACUAUUGCAUGUGGAUCGGUACGGUUGUUGGCCGAAAGAACUAUCGUUUGUUCGUGCAGUUUGCGCUGUAUCUGUGGUGCUUCUGUAUUCUGGUGAUAGCCUCCACCGCUAGCUUCUUGUCACGCAUUAUUGCGUCACGUCAAACCAUUCCAAGAGUCAACCCAAAUAUUCUCAUCACUUUUGGGCUUUGUUGUAUGGCGACGUUGAUGGUGGGUCCUUUGUUCAUGUCACACUCAUAUUAUAUGGCAGUCAACCUCACAUCUCUUGAAGUGAUAGCAACUAAACGCAGAUCCAAAGCCACCAAAAAUUGGUUGUGCUUUCUCAAUCCAGUCGAUGGGCUUCGCUAUGUUUUCGAGUUUAAAGCGGUCGACGCUCAGAAUUAUUGGGACAAAAAGGACAUUUUAGUCAACUUGAAGGAAUUCAUGGGCACAAGUUACUGGAGGUGGUUUCUUCCUGUUGGAGCCAAUGUAAGCUACCAUAGUCCGAAGACUUUCGAGUUCGAGGACGUUUUGGGGUCCUACAAUGAAAUAAUUUCCGAUCGUUUACGAGAAUUAUUAAUGGAUAAGAUUUCAAAAGGAGAGUACCUUGCCACUUUUAGAGCCGAGGGGGAUAAAUUUCAGUCAGGCAGUUAUGAAUAA